AUGGGCCGAAACAAUUCGACAUCUUCAACCAUGGUGUUGUUGAACUUAUCUUUAUGCUUAGCCAUUUCCACAGCCAUGUCUGCGAACGUUCCACCGUCAACGAGCGCCCCAGAAGUCGCAUCGGACAUCCGAGUGCAAUGCAACAACGACGACAUCGUCGUCAGCUUCGCCACCCCCUCGGGCCGAUUCAACGGCAUGAUCUACCCGAGGGGGCUGUCGAAGAACAGCACCUGCAUGGGCGAAUGGAUCCAGAAGGAAUCGCCCGUCGAGUACACGCUGCCUCUCAGAGGCUGCAACACCAUGAGCACCGAUCUGGACGACGGAGCCAUCGAAUAUUACAACACUAUAGUAGUUCAACCUCAUCUGAAGCUAGUAACCAACCAAGGCAGAGGAUUCCACAUCAGGUGCAGAUACAACACCAGAAACAACACCGUCACGAACGAUUCGCUUAAAGUCGAUUUAAUGGCUGCGGAUCCCAUAACAGCUCUCUCCCCAAUGCCCGGCUGCAGCAUGAGGAUAUUCUCCGGGGACGUUUCCCGCAAAGAAGUGGCGGAAAACGUGAAAAUCGGCGACCCGCUCACCCUCGUGGUGACCUUAGACAAGCAAGACACCUACGGCAUCAAGGUGACCGAUUGCUUGGUGAGAGACGGCUUGGGCUGGGGCGAGCAGAAGCUGAUCAACGACGACGGCUGUCCCACCGACUCCGAGAUCAUGGGGAUGUUCCAGUAUUCCGACGACCAGGCGAAGGCUUCGGUGCAGUUCCAAGCGCACAAAUUCCCUUACACCGCUUCGGUUUACUAUCAGUGCAACGUUAAGCUCUGCUUGAAGGCGGACGGCAGCUGCGAUGUGACGCCGGUUUGUUGGGGUAAUCGAGUGCGUAGGCAAGCAAACUCGGGGGAUUCCUCCGAAGGUACGCCGGCUACAAUUGAAGUGUUCAGCGGUCUCUACGUGAACGAAGCCAAUGAUUUAGCCAAGGCGGAAGAAGUUGACAAUUCCGUUUUUAGUGAAAAGACUUCGGACAGCAUCUGCAUAUCCCAGAAGAGCUUCGCGAUAGGAAUAUGCAUAGCGGGGCUUAUCCUGAUGCUGUGCGUGGUGGCGGCCAUUUUGUGGCUGUUGGCUAAGAGGAGGAAGAAGACCACGUCGCAUUCCAACAGCUCUAUUUACAGCGGUCCUUAUACUAACACUGCUUACAGCCAUACUAGUUAA